GCGGCAGGGCAUGGGUCCGCCGCCGCUCUCCUGGCAUGCGCGUGCCCGCAGGGGGUCACACGGCGAGAUGGACACGGCGCUGUGCCCCACGCCGGACGGGUUGAUGUCACGCGGCGGUCAGGCGGGGUCGCGGCUGAGGUCACGCGACCCGUCCAGCCUGCUGGGCUCGUGUCGGGAGGUGCUGAAGUACCUGCCGGCCCGCUGGCCAACCGAGUGUCAGGUGGUCAGCGAACCGUUCCCGCACCUGCUGGAGAACCCGUCAGAGCGGGAGCGGUACUACACGGUGACGGGGGACGAGCUGACCCCGACGCCCGUCAGUCCCGAGAUGGGUCAGGUCGUCUUCCAGUACAAGCCGGAUGUCAUCACCCGUGCGUUCAGCAAGUCCUGUCCCGAGCGAGUGGAGUCAGCCGUCGCAGCCGACGACGAGUCCCAGCCCGAGCUGGAGGGCGUGCUGCAGUUCGAGUCCCGUUUCGAGUCGGGCAAUCUCCAGCAGGCAGUCCACGUGUCCGGCAACUACUACCAGCUGCGCAUGCGCAAUGAUCUGUUCACGGAGAGGCAUACGCAGUGGUUCUACUUUCGCGUGACGAAUAUGCGUGCAGGCGUGCUAUACAGGUUCUCGGUGACGAACUUCGCGCGCUGCUCUUCCCUGUUCACGUGCGGCCAGAAGCUGCUGAUGUACUCCGUCGGUGCCGCCCAAAGAACCGGUGCUGGUUGGCGGCGCGCCGGCUCCGAGAUCGCCUAUUACCCCUGCCAGGUGACCAGGAGGAGCGGCGAAGACCAGGAGCGCGCUGAGCUGUCGUACGUGCUGAGCUUCACACUGGAGUUCCCUUACGACAACGACACCGUGUUCUUGGCGAGCGGAUUGCCGUACACGUUCUCGGCGCUGCAAGAUCACCUGCGGCAGAUGCAGGGAGACACGUUCAUCUCCAGCAUCUGCCACCAGCGGGUGCUGUGCCGGUCUUUGGCAGGCAACCCCAUCUACCUGCUGACCAUCACGGCACCGGACGCACCGGCCACCAAGAGCCGGCGGGCGGUGGUCCUGACGGCUCGCGUCCACCCAGGCGAGACACAGGCCUCGUGGAUGAUGCGCGGCGUCCUCAACUUCCUCACAUCGCAAAGCCGGACUGCUGAGUUGCUGCGGCAGCGUUUCGUGUUCAAGAUCGUACCGAUGCUGAACCCGGAUGGCGUGAUCGUCGGCAACUCGCGCUGCUCGCUGGCGGGGCGUGACGUGAACCGCCAGUUCAAGCACACCCACCGCCACCUGUACCCGGCCGUCUGGCACCUCAAGCUGCUCGUCAGGAGACUGAUGGAGGAGACAGGUGUGACCGUCUAUUGCGACUUUCAUGGCCACUCGAGGCGUCAGAACGCCUUCAUCUACGGCUGCGAGAACCGCCGUAACUCCACCCGCUACCUUACCGAGAAAGUCUUCCCCUUCCUCCUGGACAAGAUGGCACGCAACCUGUUCGACUUCGACAGCUGCCAGUUCACUGUGCAGAAGUCGAAGGAGGGCACCGGCCGCGUCGUGAUGUGGGCUAUGGGCAUUACCAACGCCUACACGCUGGAGGCCAGCUCGGCCGGCUCGAGCCAGCGGUCGCGUGCCAACACCCACUACCGCGCGCACGACUACGAGCUCAUUGGCCAGCGCUUCUGCGAGACGCUGCUGGAGUUUGUCGACACGUCUCCGCUCAAGGAGCGCGUGCGCGAGAGGGCGAUGACUACCCUGAAGGAGCAGUACGGCUACGCCGAGCCGACCGAAGGCACCGAGUCCUCCAGUGCUGACGAUUCCGACGAAGAAGGGCCCGUGUCUAAGACCAAGAAGGCCGGAAAGAAGUGGCAGAACAAGAAGUUGCAGUCUCUGAUGUCGUGGAAGAAGCGAGACAAGACACCUCAGACGCUGACCAGGAUCACACUGCGAUCUCCCAGCGAGAGCAGCAGGCAGCCUUCUCCAAUCCGCUCCCCGCAGGCUGGACAGGAGACGACAGCGGGGAAGACUGCGGCUUCCUGUGAGCUGUCGGCGGGCCUGCCCCGCUCUCCAGGACGCUCUCCGAGCCACUGCAGCCGGCCUGGCUCAGCGCGCUUCUUCACGGGCGUGCGCGCGGUGCAGACGUGCCCGGCCGGGCCCCGGCUGACGGUGCCCCCGCUGGCCCGGCCCCGCUCCCACAGCCUGGAGCCGGACAACCCAGAGCGGUGUCCGCCUGAUGCUGUGGAUCGUCUUGCGGCCGGCACCCAGCGUCUCUCGCUUCGCCUGCCGCCGCCGCGCUCGCUGGCGUCCGGUCACGGCGCGCUGCCGAACUCUCCCGCCACGACGCCCAGCGUAGUGACGUCACAAGCGGGCGAAGCGCAGAGAAGUGCGAGUCUCGGGCUGAACGCUCCCAGUGAGGCGAUCGUGAGGAGGAAGAAAACCAAGGGCAAGAAGGUCAGGAAGGUCAAGAUGAGAUCGAAGGUCUCGAAAUGA